AUGUGGCCUGGUCCACCUAAGACUAGACAGACCACCCUUGGUGGAGAAGUUAGCAUGCUAGAAGUUCUGAAAGAAAUGAAAGACAUGAGGUCAGAAGAAAACCAAAACCUGGAUAAGCUAAACCAUAAGAUUGAAAACGUAGAGCGGGAGAUGAGUUUAAUAAUGGAAGAAAAUGUCGAACUGAAAAACUGUGUUAAGAGGUUGGAGUCCAAAGUAGAAAUGUUAGACAGAGCAGCAAGACGCAACAAUAUUAUUUUAUAUAAUGUGGUGUAUUCUUCGGAUGAUACAGAAAACACAGUAAGAGACAUAUUUAGAUCAAACCUAAAUAUAGACGAAGAUAUUGACAUUCAGCAUGUUCACAGGAUGCCAUCAGCAAAGACGACCAUCCUGGUAACCCUUGGUAAACCAACACAACGUAUAAGAAUUCUACAAUCAGCAAAACAUUUGAAAGGCAGUUAUAUAUCUAUUUCUGAAGAUUUCACUGAACAGACGAGAGCCGUAAGGAAAAAGCUCGUUCCACAUCUAAAGAGAGCAAAAGGAGAUGGAAAGUUUAGUGUAAUGAAAUUUGACAAACUGCAGAUAGAAAAUGAAAUCUUCCGUCUAGAUGAAGCGGCCGAUAAACUGGUUAAAGUCAGAACACUUAAACCGCGUACUGGAACCAACCAGAAAGAAAAUAAACCAAUAGCUACCAGGCCACGGCCCAUUAGAAAUUCCUCAAAAACGGCUUUCAAUUUUGAAACUUGGAUGUGUGAUAACGAUGAUAUUGUCUUCCCAGGAUACAUCCAACUCAGGAAAACCAGACAAAAGUCAAAGGGGGCAUUCCGCAACUCUGGUGGUAUUCUUGCUCUUGUCAGCACGGAGAUCUCCAACCGUAUUACAACGCACCAAAGUGUCUCUGACAACAUUCUGUGGUUAAUUUUACGCUUAGAAAACAUUGUAUUAAUUCUUGGUGUUGUCUAUUUCUCCCCACCUAACUCCUCUAUUUACUCUGAAGAACCCAUUUUCAGCAUACUAGAAGAUGAAUGCUGCCAACUUCGAUCGAUAUAUCCAAAUAGCCACCUAAUAAUUCAAGGUGACCUGAAUGCAAGAACUGGUAAUGGCCACUCAAAAGAUAUCAUAGAGAACGAUGAUCCUAAAUACUUACCAAUUGACGAUGACUUUGAGUACGAUGUUGACUGGGAUAUUCCCAGGGUAUCACAAGAUCCAAUUAUCAACAGCCGUGGUAAACAGCUACUGGAUUUUUGCAAGGUAAAUGGUUUUCGAAUAUGUAAUGGAAGACUCCACUCAGAUAAAGACAAAGGGAAAAUCAGUGGCCUUGCAAACAAUGGACAAAGUGUUGUUGAUUACGUACUCUGUGGCAGUGAAACUAUGAAAUUAUUUAGCAAUUUUGACAUACUACCCGAAAUAGAACAUACACAUAUGCCGAUUUCGUACCAACUCACACUAAAGGUAGAUCGAAAUAUAAAUGACUCUGAAUUUAAUGCCAACAAACCAAAACUAAUAUGGAACGUAAACAAAUUUGAAGAAUAUGUCCAAAAUUGGGAAUCCGUUAGAACGGAAAUAGACAAUAUCAGACAGUAUUCUGAUGUUCAGGCUGCGUAUACAGAAUUCGUUAACAUUUUACAAACAACCAGCAAAUGUUUCAAUUUAAGACUACCAAGUGCCAACAAACCGAAAGUUGAUUGGUUUAACUCGGACUGUCAAGAAGCAAGAUCAGAAGUAAGGAAACAUCUUCGCAGGUUUCAUAUCUCUAACUCAGUGGCGGACAGGGAACUGUACUCUUACUCGUGUAAAUAUUAUAAAUCACUGUGUAAGGACAGGUCAGAGAAGGCAUUUUAUGCCUUUUGCAGCUCCCUGGAAGAAACAUUAAGAGCACAUGAUGGGAAACGGUUCUGGAGAGCUAUUAAACCAAAAACAAUCGUAAACAAAAACUCAAUAUCGGCAACAGAUUGGACACACCAUUUUAUACAGCACUUCAGUGGCGUAGACAUAUCACCCGAAUUUAAACAAUUUCACGAUGAAAUAGAAAACUUUGUGGACUCUAUUAAGAUUGAUGAGAAUCUCGAAACUUUCGAGGAUAAUCCACUAAAUAAUGAAAUUAGCCUCGGGGAAAUAAAUAAUGCAAUAUCCGAAAUCCAAAAUGGCAAGGCGCCAGGAUACGACGGGGUACCUAUUGAACUAUUUAAAAAUGCACCUCAAAUCUGCAUGGAUAUUCUCCACUUUCUUUUUAACUGUAUACUGAAAACCGAGAAAGUAGGUGCAUUUAAAGAGUUUGAGAAACGUCAAAGGAUGACAACUAUGGAAAAUAGACCGUGGACUUUUGGAGGACGUGCUAAGAAAAGAUCGGCCAAGUUAAAGACACCACAGAUUAAUACUUAUUUCAAACAGAUACAGAAAUGUCAGGAAUUAUAUUCCAAAUUAAAAUUAGAAAAUACAGAAAGCAAAUUAAUUACAGCUCCAUUUCCAAAAAUACAAACUCGAGAGAAAACAUUUUUAAGUUUACCAGCUCAGAGGAAAAGUAUUGGUACAAGUUUUCUUACACAGAAAUUUGAAGCACAAUCAGUGAAGACGAAUUCUUCUGAUGACAUUCGUAGACAAGAUACUGAUAGAAGGCGACACUCUAGAAUGACACCAAAAAGACUUUGUGAAUAUCUUCAAUCAAAAGGUUUUGGACAACCUCGAAUGUUGACCUCUUCAUACAUGAAGAGACCCAAUGAAACUGUCAUCAAAUCAAAUCCUUUGCCAUUUUUUAAAAUACUCCCUAAAAAUAAUUCAAAGCAAAGCAAAUUCAAAAGUAAAACCAACUGUCUUGAACAGAACUCAAAAGCAACAGAAAGUGUAAGAAAAGAAUCUUUGGAAACUUUCACACCUCUUCGUAAGAAUAAAGAAGAGGAAAGUAAUGAAUGUGGAAAUUCCUUAUGUUUGAUUCAGACACCUUUAACACGUAAAGAACGAUUUGAACGUAUCGAAGCCUGGCUAGAGGAUGUAAAUAACACAGAUAGAGAAAUUCCAUCUAGAGAUUCUGAUAGUGACAAUGUAACAAUUGAAGAGAUUGUGGUACUGGAUCCUAUGAGCAGACAAAACUCUACAACUAGAAUUAACAGUGUUCCUUCAUAA